CGGCCACGCGCCUACCAUUACACAGCAGCACACCACAACUUUAGACAGUCCAUCCGCCGCCUCGCGCCUCCAAAACCCUCUCCUCCCCUCCGCCACUUAGGGUUCGCGCCGCGCCGCCGCGCCGCGCCGCCGCAGCCAUGGAUUCCUCCCUCCCGCCCAAGGAGGCCAACCUCUUCAAAGUCAUCGUCAAAUCAUAUGAGACUAAGCAGUAUAAGAAAGGGCUAAAAGCUGCAGAUUCAAUAUUAAAAAAGUUUCCCGAGCAUGGAGAAACGUUAUCAAUGAAAGGUCUGACACUAAAUUGCAUGGACCGGAAAUCUGAAGCCUAUGAGCUUGUUCGACGUGGCUUGAAGAAUGAUCUGAAGAGUCAUGUGUGCUGGCAUGUCUAUGGUUUGCUUUACAGAUCAGACAGAGAGUACAGAGAAGCUAUAAAAUGUUACAGAAAUGCUUUGAGGAUUGAUCCAGAUAACAUCGAAAUUUUACGUGACUUGUCACUUCUCCAGGCACAAAUGAGGGACUUAUCUGGCUUUGUUGAGACUAGACAACAGCUGUUGACGUUGAAGCCAAAUCACCGCAUGAACUGGAUUGGCUUUGCUGUAGCUCAUCAUUUGAGUUCCAAUUCUUCCAAGGCAAUAGAAGUAUUGGAGGCAUAUGAGGGGACGCUCGAAGAUGAUUAUCCUCCAGAAAAUGAGCGAUAUGAACAUGGUGAAAUGCUGCUCUAUAAGAUAUCAUUGUUUGAGGAAUGUGGGAUGCUGGACAGAGCCCUUGAGGAGAUGCACAAGAUGGAGAGUAGAAUUGUUGACAAGCUAUCAUUCAGAGAACAAAGGGCCUCCAUUUUGUUGAAACUUGGCCGUUUUGACGAAGCUGAGAAAAUUUAUAGGUCCCUGCUUUUUAUGAAUCCUGAUAACUACAAGUACUUCAUAGCCGUGCAAAAGUGUGUUGGCCUAUACUCUGAAAAUGGUCAAUACUCUGCUGAUGAUGUUGAACGAUUAAUUGCAUUGUAUAAAUCACUCAAGGAAGAAUAUAGUUGGUCAUCAGCUGUUAAGCGCAUACCUCUUGACUUCCUGGAAGGUGAGAAAUUCCAGGAGGCAGCAGAUAAUUAUGUCAGACCUCUAUUAACCAAGGGAGUGCCCUCGCUAUUCUCUGAUUUAAGCCCGUUGUAUGAGCAUCCUGGGAAGGCAAACAUAUUAGAGCAUUUGUUUCUUAAGCUAGAAGAUUCAAUUAGGACUACCGGAUGCUUUCCUGGGAGUGCACAAAUGGAACCCCCAUCCACACUCAUGUGGACUCUGCUGUUGGUUUCCCAGCACUAUGACAGAAGGAGCCAGUAUGAUAUUGCUCUAGAUAAAAUUGACGAGGCUAUUGCACACACGCCAACCGUAAUCGAUUUAUACUCCAUAAAGGGAAAUAUAUUGCAACAUGCUGGCAAUUUCUCAGCAGCAGCAGCAUUAGCGAAUGAAGCUAGGUCCAUGGAUCUUGCUGAUCGUUACUUAAACAGUGAGUGUGUAAUGCAGAUGCUUCAAGCUGACCAGGUUGGGCUUGCUGAGAAGACUGCUGUUUUGUUUACAAAAGAUGGCGACCAGCACAAUAAUCUCCAUGACAUGCAGUGCAUGUGGUAUGAGCUUGCUUCUGGCGAGAGUUAUUAUCGCCAAGGUGAUCUUGGCAGGGCUCUGAAAAAUUUCUUGGCUGUGGAAAAGCAUUACACUGACAUGACGGAAGACCAGUUUGACUUCCAUUCAUAUUGUUUACGGAAAAUGACACUUAGGGCAUAUGUUGCUAUGCUGAAGUUUCAAGAUCGUUUGCAUGCUCACGAAUAUUUUCAUAAGGCUGCAGCAGGAGCUAUCAGAUGUUACAUGAAAUUACAUGAUUCUCCAUCAAAAUCAUCUGCUGAGGAGAAUGAAGAGAUGUCAAAACUGCCGCCUGCUCAGAGGAAGAAAUUGAGGCAAAAGCAGAAGAAGGCAGAAGCUCGUGCUAAAAGGGAGGCUGAAGAGAAACAGGAGGAUGAAACAUCUUCAUCGAACAGUUCAAAAUCUGGGAAGAAACAGCAAGCAAGACCAGUUGAUUUGGAUCCGCAUGGUGAAAAAUUAGUACAGGUUGAAGAUCCACUCACAGAAGCCACCAAAUAUUUGAAGCUUUUGCAGAAUAACUCUUCAGAUUCAUUAGAAACGCAUAUACUUUCAUUUGAACUGAACAUGAGAAAGAAAAAGGUUUUACUCGCUUUUCAGGCGGUCAAACAGCUCAUUAAAUUGGACGGAAAUAAUCCAGACAGUCACCGAUGUUUGAUAAGAUUCUUCCACAAGAUAAACAGUCUUCCUGCCCCAGUAACUGACUCCGAGAAACUAAUUUGGAAUGUUUUGGAAGCCGAACGACCAGACCUAAGGCAGCUACAUGGGAACUCUCUAGUUGAAGUAAAUAGUAACUUCUUAGAAAAGCACAAUGCUUCAUUGACACACAGAGCAGCUGCAGCUGAAAUGAUGUACCUCUUGGAGCCAGAUAAGAAGCUGCAGGCUCUUAAAUUAAUUGAAGACUCAACAAAUAACAUGGCGUCAGGAAACGGUGUUGUUGGUCCCAUCAAAGAAUGGGGCCUUGAGGAUUGUAUUGAUGUUCAUAAAUUACUGGAUACGGUUUUUGCUGAUCAGGAUGUUGCAAGUAGGUGGAAGGUACGGUGUGCUGAAUAUUUUCCGUGCUCAACCUACUUUGAGGGUGUCAAGAGUGCCACUGCAGCAUAUAUUGCUGACAAUGGUUUUGAGAGUACGCCAGAAAAUGGAGUUGUGCCAAACCCACAAGGAAAAGUUUCGGGAGAUGCAUGCACUUUGAAUGGGACUCUGCAUAUUGUGGAUGAACUGAGCAACCUUAGCGUGAGGUAAAUGCAUCAACAAGUUUCCGCCUGGUUACAGCUGGAACAGAACACAUUUUGGAACUGGAGCCAGUGCCCAAUUAACCGAAGUGCAACCCUGCAGAAGGUGUUUUGAGCACACUGAUUAACUUCUCGAUGCAUUUAUUUGAGGAGUAUAUUAUUGAUUGGGAGCUAAGAUCUCUUCGUCUCUGGUGAUUAUCUCAGUUCCAGCUUGUGUACCUUUUCACUGUCAUCUAUCUUGCAUAUGGUGGAAGGUCAACACUUUUCAUCUCAGUUACAAUGAGGCCUCUCAGGGUUUGUUGCCUGGCAGCAUCAGGAUGCCACGAUUCUUUUGUUGCCUGGUUGGUUCUUUUUGUCGCAUAGUGCUAAAUGCGCUCUUGGACUAAAACAUUUUUGGCAUAAAACAGCUGUGUAAUCUGACUUGUGAAUCGUGAGCGUGUUCUUUGCAGUAGUUGGAUGUACCGGGGUUGCCCUACCCCUACUUUUGCCCCCCGCAGUUGUAAAUUAGAGUCAGGAUAAUCCUGGACAUAUAUAUUGUAUUUCGGUCUGUCCUGACAAAUAACCGUGUCUUUUUUACCACAUCCGUUGUGUAUGUGGACUGGCGUUUGAUCUGUUACUUGUGAUU